CCGGUACGGCUUGGCACAGCCCGGUACGACUUAGCUCGGCUCAGUUUGACACGGCUCGGUUUGACACGGCUCGGCUCGGCCAUGCCGCGGUUCAGCGUGGCGGAAGCCCGGCGCUGGGGGGAUCAGUUCGUGCAAUUCCUGCGGGACACGGGCCGGGAGCGGGAGAGCCGGCGGGACACGCUGCGGAGCGUCUACACCCAGGAGUUUCGGGUCAGCGUUGACACAAAGAUUCCCAACUUCUCCUGCAUCUUGUACGCGCUGAGGGUGACCCACCGGGCCCAAGUGUACGGGGAGUCGGUGCACUUCAAGAAGGAGAAGAAGCGUGUGGUGGUGGCAGACCAGUACCGGAGACCCAGAACGGAUGCAGAGGCAUCAGCACCGGCGUCAGCACCCGGGUCUGUCUCAGCCCAGCAGCCCAGCACGGGUCCACAAGUGCCCAAGAGCCGUGCCAAGAAGUGGGCUGAGUUCGUCUGCGGGAAGCACGGGGUGGAGAUCGUCUCGGAGCACGACCUGGGCAAUGGGCACAUCCGCUUCCCGGUGGUGGCUGGGGAGCCCCGGACCAUCACCAUCCUGGUGCGGAACGGCGGGGCGGAGGCGGUGACGCUGCGGCGGUGCCAGCCCCUCCGGCCCCGCCGGGAGCUCUCCUUCACCGACGAACACGGGGUGACCCGGGGCCAGUCCCGGCUCUUCCACCCAGGUGACACCUGCCCCAUCCAGGUGCUGGGCCUGACCUCCUGCAACGGGCACUUCCAUGCUGUGCUGGUCUUUGAGUUCACCAAGGAGCCGGACCAGCCCUUCAGCAUCGGCCGCUCCGUGGCCGCCGUCGCCGAGAGCCAGCUGGCCAAGGACCUGGGGCCCUCGGCGCCUUUCCAGCCCUACCAGGCCAGCCUCCAGCGCCCCGUCACCGUCGUCACUGAGGAGGGUGUUCCCCCCAACAGCUGCCUGAAAAACGAGCUGGAGAGGGAAAUCCCUCUGAACACCUACCAGUACCCGAAGAGCCUCAAGGACACCAUCCUGCGCGGACCCAACACCAGCCCUAGCUGGGCUGCCAUGCGGUCGCUGCUGGAGGCCCCCCUGCAGCCUGAGAACUACCGGGAGAAGUUCAAGCUGCUGCUGCACCUGGAGGAGAUCCAGAUGGAGGUGGACAUCCGACGCUACGACAUGCAGGACGUGCCCAUGGUGCAGGACAGGGGGCUGCUGGUCCUUGACGUGCCCGGCGUGGCCGAGAACCGCCCGUCUGUGCUGAGGGGGGACCACCUCUUCGUCCACCUGAGCAGCGAGCGGGACCGCUCCCCGCUUGUCCAGUACAAGGGCUACGUGCACGGCGUGGAGCUGGAGAAGGUCAGGCUGGGCUUCUCCUCCAAGCUGCAGAAGAAGUUUGUGAACAACCUGAAGUUUGACGUGACCUUCACCUUCAACCGGCUGCCGCUGCAGGUCCAGCACCGCGCUGCAGCACUGGCCAUGGAGCAAGGCUUGUCCAGCCUCCUCUUCCCCACUGCCUCCUGCCACAAGUCCCUCUGCACGGGCACCUUCCAGCCUCGGUGGUUUGACCGCAAGCUGCAGGCGAACGAGGAGCAGUGCAGAGCCGUGACACACAUCGUGACGGGGAUGUCCAGGCCAGCCCCCUACCUCAUCUUCGGCCCCCCUGGGACUGGCAAGACGGUCACCAUCGUGGAAGCCAUCAAGCAGGUAUGGACGUGCUUCAAGGACGCCCGGAUCUUGGCCUGUGCCCCUUCCAACAGCGCCGCAGACCUGCUGUGCCAGCGCCUCAUCAAGGACAUCGCUCCCCGGUACGUCUACAGGCUCAUCGCCAGCUCCAGGAACUACCAGGAGGUGCCUGCUGAUAUCAGGCCCUGCUGCAACUGGGAUGAAGGGCAGAGCAGCUAUGUCUACCCGAGCAAGGAGCACCUGGGGCGCUACCGGAUCCUCAUCACCACGCUGGUGACAGCAGGAAGGCUGGCGUCGGCCAAAUUCCCCCCAGGGUUUUUCUCCCACGUCUUCAUCGAUGAGUGUGGUCAGGCCGUGGAGCCGGAGAGCGUGGUCGCCAUCGCAGGCCUCCUGACUGCCAUGGACGAGAAGACCAACCCCAACGGGGGGCAGCUGGUGCUGGCAGGAGACCCCCAGCAGCUGGGCCCUGUCCUGAGGUCACCGCUGGCCAUCGAGCACGGCUUGGGCACCUCGCUGCUGGAGAGGCUGAUGCUGCACAACCCCCUCUACAAGAAGUCAAGCGGAGGAUACGACCCGCAGUUCGUCACCAAACUGCUCUGGAACUACAGGUCCCACGAGGCCAUCCUCAGGAUCCCCAACGAGCUCUUCUACGACAGCGAGCUGAAGGCCUGCAAGAGCGACGGACCCGAUGUCCGGAGUUUCUAUUGCACCUGGGACGAGCUUCCCAAAAAAGGCUUCCCCAUCAUCUUCCAUGGGGUCUGCGGGGAAGAUCAGCGAGAGGCCAAGAGCCCUUCGUUCUUCAACACGUCUGAGAUCGAGGUGCUCCUCUACUACCUCAAGAAGCUGCUGCAGAGCCGGGGCAAGGGGGGCUGCCCCAGUGUCUCACCCAAGGAGGUUGGAAUCAUCACUCCCUACAGGAAGCAGGUGGAGAAAAUACGGAAAGCCAUCUACUCCAUGGACCCCGUCCUGCGGGCGCUGCCAGACAUCCAGCUGCUGAAGGUGGGCUCUGUGGAAGAGUUCCAGGGCCAGGAGAGGCGAGUCAUCCUCAUCUCCACCGUGCGCAGCUGCAGCAACUACCUCCAGAUGGACGAGACCUUCAAGUUGGGCUUCCUCAAGAACCCCAAGAGGCUGAACGUGGCCAUCACCAGGGCCAAGGCGCUGCUGAUCGUGGUGGGGAACCCAGCUGUGCUCAGCAAGGACCAGCACUGGCAGAGGUUCCUCAGGUACUGCAAGGAGGAGGGUGGCUACACGGGCUACCCCUAUGAGGAGGAGAGCCCUGCAGAGGAUGGCCUUGCCACCGGUCUCCAGGCGCUGAGCCUUGGCAAUUAGCAGCCAGGAAACCCACCUGGGAAAGGAAGAGAAGCCACGUGGAGCUCCAGCACCCAUCACCCUGCCCCUGGCCUGCAGCAGCCGCCUGCUCUCCCCCUGCCUCACUCCUGGGGUGCUCUGUGCUCCCUCCAUCCCUACGGAGACGGGGCUGAGCCCACCGGGCACGGGGGUCCUGCCCAGGGCACACACCUCCCCUGGCAGAGCGGGACCGUGCCAGCGCUGCGCUGGGACCACUCUCCAUUUUAAAUAGUUUUUACACAGCCGUGGCAAGCUGAUUCCCUGUGCCUGGUCUCACCGUGCAGUGAAUGGCAUAAGUGAGAGUGUGGCCUCCAAAAAGCAUCGCUGGGUGCGUGGGGGAGCUCAGAGCCGCUGCGGUGGGUGACCGGGGUGCGGGCAGGGACCUGGUGGCUGGGUUUCCCCACCACAGCUGUCUGGCCCGAGAGCUGGCACGGCCACACAGUCACACUUCACUUUGUUUCCCUGGAAUAAACGUUUAGAGAAAAA